AAACGUUUGACGUUUGUGACGUUUACACGGCAGAACCUAACCUCACAAUUUUAAAUUUUGUAAACGUAGCAAUAAAUUAACGUAAUUGAUGAUAAUUUGACCGCAAAACAUGUUGGAAGUUUUGGAGAAACUUAGGAGAUUCGAUGCGUACCCCAAAACCGUCGAAGAUGUACGCAUUAAAACAUACGGAGGGGCUGCGAUAACGAUCAUAAGCGUUGUUAUUAUGAGUUUGCUGUUCUGGGCGGAAUUUCUCGAUUAUUUGUCUUCUGACGUAUCAGAGGAAUUGUUUGUGGAUACCUCAAGGAGUCCUAAUAUACAGAUAAAUUUGGAUUUUGUUAUUCCAGCCAUCUCCUGUGAUUUUUUAGCCUUAGAUGCAAUGGAUUCUUCCGGGGAAGAACAUUUGCAAAUUGACCACAGUAUUUUCAAACGAAGGCUUGAUUUAAAAGGUAAACCAAUAGAGGAACCAAAAAAAGAAGACAUAACGAUAAAAGCGAAAAACAUCACCGAAAUAGCAGUGAACAGAACGGAGUGCGGAAGUUGCUACGGGGCGGCCUUGGACCCGAAAAAGUGCUGCAACACUUGCGAGGAUGUCAGGGAGGCGUACAGGGAGCGCAGGUGGGCGCUGGAAAAUUUGGACAACAUAACUCAGUGCAAGGAGGAAAAGUUUAGCGAAAAAUUGAAGACGGCGUUCGAGCAAGGCUGCCAGAUUUACGGGACCCUUGUGGUCAACAGGGUCAGCGGGAGCUUUCACAUAGCGCCCGGUAAAAGUUUUAGCGUGAAUCAUGCGCACGUUCACGAUGUGCAGCCUUUUUCGUCGAUAAACUUUAAUACUUCCCAUCAUAUUAGGCAUUUAUCGUUUGGGACCAGUAUUGACAGUCAAACGCACAAUCCUCUGAAGGAUAAUUAUGGACAUGCUGAAGAAGGGGCGACCAUGUUCCAGUACCACCUAAAAAUCGUCCCAACUUCGUACGUCAAAAAAGACAACUCGAUAAUUAAUUCGAACCAAUUUUCCGUCACCAAACAUCGUAAAGUAAUUUCUUUGAUGAGCGGCGAAUCUGGUAUGCCCGGUGUGUUUUUCCAAUACGAAUUAUCGCCCCUUAUGGUGAAAUACACUGAACGCGAAAGAUCUUUUGGUCAUUUCGCGACGAACGUUUGCGCGAUCAUUGGUGGUGUUUACACGGUUGCAGGUUUAUUGGACACCAUCUUUUAUCACUUUUACAAAGUUAUUCAUGGCAAAAUCGAAAUAGGAAAAGUCAAUUAAGUAAAAGAAUAAUAAUAUUAAGAAUAAAACAUC